GACGGGAGUUUGUGUUCGUUGUCAAGGAAGGGCGUCAAUGGUUACAAAUAUGGCGUAAAUUCUGCUAUAACGUCAAAUGUUGACAAUUAUAGGCUGCUUUACUAACUAAAAAACAAUGCGAGGAUUACACGAACGUGGAUUUGUACCAGACAAAUGCAAUAUCGGGCUAUAAAACAAUACAGGUAGUCAUGGUCAAUUUUUGGCGCUGUCUUUGUUGUUGACUGUCGCACUGGCCAGUCUUCGACUAUUUUAUCUACAAUUUUAAUUUAAUCCGUUUUGUUACACGUGUUAUUGGGCGAUUUCAACAUCAAUAGGAUGCGGCUUUUCUUGUUUGGAUGAGGUCUGCGGUGUGUUGAAAUCAGUCAUUGUCAUCCUGAUAUAUCUGGGAUGCCAGCCCUCAAGGACAAACUUCACUACUCAUUAGGUUCACAUAGAGAUACUGGAAAUGACAGAGAACUGCUGGUACAAGAACGGAGGUACUGUAGGUCUCUGGCCCGCAAACUUUCCCUGGAAACAAAUCGCAGACGAAAAGCUCUAGAGGAGAAAAGGAAACAGUGGGAUGUUCAGGAGCAGAGACUGAGGGAGAACGUUCUGAAGCAGCGCCGCCAAAAACUGCAGGAUGCCACCGAGAACUUUCAAAGAGCUCAUCUUCCUCCCUCCCAGAGGUCGAGACCAGCCUUUAAGAGAAGAGCACCCAACCUUGAUGAAGCACUUAAUCAUAUUCAAGGCACUUCACACUUAUACAAUCAUCAGUCUCCAUUUUUGUCCAGUGGCUCUAUUAUUAGCAGCCGCACUUCCUCCCCAAAGCCUCCAGGGGGCGCCCGUCACUUGCGUGCCUUGUCUGCAGCUGAGGCCUACAGCAAACUCAUGCACGAGAAGACCUUUAAAAACAAUCAGCUGCUCUUCUUCAAUGAGAUUGUUCAUGAAGAAAAAGAGCAGGACAAUGUACAGGAGUAUCUUGAUACCUCACAUAGUGAAACGGAGAGCCUGUCUAGUCUGGACAGUUUAGAAAAUGGAGCCAAAUCAGUCCCUAACCCGGUUUCUUGCUCCUAUCAGAACACCAACUAUGCCCAAACCUUUACCCCCCUCAUGGAUCCUAGUAAGCUCCAAGACCCCCAUAGUUCAAGGCAGUCCAACAACCUACGUUCACCACCCUCCUAUCCUGUAGUAAAGAGUUUCUUAGAGGAACUCUUAAUCGAGAAACACAAUCUCAAUCCCAGUUUACCUUCACCUAGCGCUCAUGAGUCAGCAAAUGGAUUUGGGAGUCUCCAAAAUCUUACCAAAGCAACAGAACAGUGUAACCUGAGGGACCAGUCACAGAUCAUUGACACCCAGUCUGCUUUUGGUUGCCAAAAAGAGUUGAUUCAGCAAGACUUUGUGGCUAAUUCAGAACAUAUGACUCAUUAUAAUGACAGGAACGAUGCUCAAGAGAAUAUUUUGAAAGACAAAGCAUCUGUGGUUGCCCACUGCAAAACACAAACCGUGCCAGAUGCCACACCCUUGGAAUUCUCAAAUCUGAAGACCGAAUCCAAAGUGCAGACACAAACACUGGAGGAGAAAUAUUCGAAACAUUCAUCAGAAUGGCAGACGGCUCUUCCAGCCAGCAGAGGCGAACACAAUGAUGGUUUAUUCGAAACCUUUGCAGGUGCUGCAGCUCAUCUGGUCACGAUCCCUCGGACUGAUCAGGUCUCAGACACACAGUGUUCUUCAGAAUCACAUAAACACAAACCAGAUGUAAACACUGCUGCAGGGCUUAAGAGAGAAUCUAAACCUCUGAUCGUGGAGGAGAGUGUAAAAAGAAACCCCCCAGAUCCAAAAAAUGAAACAGAAAUCAUUAAAUUGGCAACAGCUUGUAUGUCUAAAUCAUUUAAAAACUCGGAGCAAUCAGCGGAGCCUGUGACACAUCUUUCCCCUAACAGCGCCAAUGUCCGAUUCCUGAAAGGGAUUCUUAAAAACCAUUUAAAAACUAAAUCAGGCAAUGUCAAGCACUCUUACACUCCCAGCCACUUACUUUUCACUAAAGAAGUGGCAAUAUUAAUCAGGGACAGCGUUGAGCUAGCCAGGGCAAAAAUCAAUGAACCAGAGCGAAAUAGGACCAUUAAGAAGAAACUACGUUGGUUUGAUGAGGUGAACAGGGCUGAGGGCGAGGAUGUGGACAGAGUGUUUAAAGACCCUAGCAAGCAAACAUUCGCUAAAAGCGGGCAUCAGCAGACCCAUAAACAGUUCUCACCAGAUCAUCAGCCGGGUUUGCACGGCUCACACUGUGUGAAUUUACUCACAGGGGUAUCAAAAAACAUCUUCAAGACCUCUAGUGCCCCUGCAGGAUCCACUCAACAGGCUUGGGCAGAUGUAGGGCCCCAAGAAAGCCGUACACAGGAGCCCACCUCUCAAAAAGGAGGCCCAUGGACUCCCCGGAGAGUGCGUUCAGCCAGAGCCGGCUCGGGUUCCGUUACCUCCCGGGCCAGGAAGGGCACUAUCAUCAGACCGCAAUCUGCCAGAGAAGCACAACAUGUGGCCAAGUCCCAGGGAAAGAUCUUCGUCCCUCAUCCCCCUCCAAAACCAGAAGUUGACUUUGCAGAGUCCACCACCAAGGCAGCCUACGGUGAUGACGGUGUACAGAGCAAACCUGGCGUGCCAGUAGACCCGGCCCUGUACAGAGACAGUCCAGAUAGCCAGACAAUAACUCAUCAGCCUAUCCUCAAAGCAGAUAAAGAUGCUUUCUGUACUGCAGUACCACCUUACCAUACCCACACCCAACAGACUGCAUCGAAAGGCGCAUGUUUCCUCUCCCCUCCGAAUGCUUUUGUUGAAAAUGCCAGACGCAGGUGUGGAGAGAAUGGAAUUUGUUUGGAUCGGACCCCGACAGAUGAGGAGAUCACACUCCUUUGGCAUGGAGUUCGGAGUGCUCUAGCCAGCAAAGAAGGUGACCCUCAAAGUUUUUUGGCUCACAAUGGCCUGUUGUCUGCUUCGCCUCAAGCCUGUGCCAGCCUGUCCCAUGUUACUAUCAAUGGUGAUAGUCUGAUCAGCGGUGUCAAGGGAGUCUCAAGAUUGGGCGGCUUUUUCCUGUCUUCCUCCAACGUGAGGAGUCCAAUAAGGAGACAGUUGGUGGAGAGUAACAUGGUGAAGAACAGAGCGGCAACAGACAGCAGCCGAAACCAAACCGGAGGAAUAGUGCAGAGAAAGAACAAUUUACUGUAUCAGGUCACUGUGCCAAAAACUCCACACCCCGAUAAAAAUAAUGCAGUGGACAAUGGAGAGGUGACAGACGGUGGUCAUGAUGCAGUGGCGUGGGUCCAAUCCCACAGGACCUACAACGCUCCAACUGGUCCACAGAACCUGCGGUCUCUCAGCAUCAAUACUCUAACACUAGAGGAGCAGAAGAUCUUGCAUUCACUUGAAAGACUCAAUCAACGCCUACAAUAUGUGAAAGAUACAGCUGGUGGCAACCCAGCAGUGAAGGGCAUCUUUAACUUGGCUCCUGUAUUUAACCAGCCGGGCGAGAAUGUGGGUGUCGCCGUGCGUAGGCGAGUAGUCUCUGCUGACAAUCGCACCCAAACUCAACGUUAUUGACUACACCUCCCAUAAUCCACCACUCCCUCAGCCUCGUCUCGGGAUGCACUUCAAACCUUGUGGUUGCACACUUUACAUUAUUGAGACAUAUUUAAAUACAUCUGUACCUAAAUUAUACGGAGACUACUUAUCAGAUAUGUACUUAUUAAUAAUGGCAGUACAGCCAAUACCUAAUGCACAUUGUUUAUUUUAUGCAUAUCUAAUGCAUAUUGUGUUCUAAUUCUUGAUUUAUUUUUUUUACCUUGAGAUUGUAUUUUCUCCGAAAAUUGUA